GUUGAGAUUUAAUUGAAAAUUGUUGAACAGACGACCCUAGCCACGACGGACACCAGUUGUGAGUCCGUGGUAACGAGCGGUCAGCAGCAUCCACCAAGGGAUGCUAGCCCUGCUGGACUUUUGUCCAUUGCAGAGGAGACUUUAGCAGAGUUUCUAUCAAAGGCUACUGGAACCGCCGUUGAGUGGGUCCAAAUGCCCGGUAUGAAGCCUGGUCCGGAUUCCAUCGGAAUCGUUGCAAUUUCUCAUGGUUCCCCUGGAGUGGCCGCACGUGCCUGCGGCCUUGUGGGUUUAGAACCUGCCAGGGUUGCCGAAAUCCUCAAAGAUAGACUUUCAUGGCAUCGUGAUUGCCGAACUGUGGAUGUUCUAAAUGUUAUGUCCACAGCAAAUGGAGGAACCAUUGAAUUGCUUUACAUGCAGUUGUAUGCACCAACAACUUUAGCACCAGGCCGUGACUUCUGGUUGCUGCGUUUCACAUCAAUUUUGGAGGAUGGUAGUCUUGUGGUUUGUGAAAGAUCACUUAACAACACUCAGAAUGGUCCUAGUAUGCCUCCAGUGCCGCAUUUUGUUAGAGCUGACGUGCUGCCAAGCGGGUAUCUGAUUAGGCCCUGUGAAGGAGGGGGAUCCAUUAUUCAUAUUGUUGAUCAUAUGCUUUUAGAGCCCUGGAGUGUACCUGAAGUUUUGCGUCCACUUUAUGAGUCAUCCAUGCUGCUUGCUCAGAGAACAACUAUGGCAGCGUUACGUCAUCUGAGGCAGAUUUCUCAAGAAGUUUCUCAACCAAGUGUGACAGGAUGGGGAAGAAGGCCAGCAGCACUACGCGCGCUUAGUCAGAGAUUGAGCAAGGGAUUCAAUGAAGCUGUCAAUGGCUUUACAGAUGAUGGAUGGUCUAUGUUAGAGAGUGAUGGCAGUGAUGAUGUCACCCUUCUUGUGAAUUCAUCACCUAACAAGAUGAUGGGAUUAAAUCUUGGUUAUAACAAUGGAUUUCCAUCUGUUACCAGUUCUGUGCUAUGUGCCAAAGCUUCCAUGUUGUUACAGAAUGUCCCUCCAGCUAUUCUUCUUAGAUUUUUGCGGGAACACAGAUCAGAAUGGGCAGAUACAAGUAUUGAUGCAUAUUCAGCUGCAGCCAUUAAAGCCGGUCCAUGUAGCUUACCAGGGGCCAGAGUAGGUGGUUAUGGUGGUCAGGUUAUUCUUCCACUAGCUCACACAAUUGAGCAUGAAGAGUUCAUGGAGGUUAUUAAGCUUGAAAACAUGGGCUACUAUAGGGAUGAUAUGACAAUGCCUGGUGAUAUUUUCCUCUUACAACUAUGUAGUGGAGUGGACGAGCAAGCAGUUGGCACAAGUGCAGAGCUUAUUUUUGCUCCAAUAGAUGCAUCUUUCUCUGAUGAUGCACCCAUUUUGCCUUCUGGUUUUCGCAUCAUACCUCUUGAUUCUGCCACGGAUGCUGCUAGUCCAAACCGUACACUUGAUCUUGCUUCUGCCCUUGAAGUUGGAACCACAGGAAACAAAGCAGGCGGUGAGAAUUCAGGUCAUUCUGGGAACACAAAAUCUGUGAUGACAAUAGCAUUCCAGUUUGCAUUUGAAGUCCACCUUCAAGAUAAUAUAGCAGCUAUGGCGCGACAAUAUGUGCGUAGCAUUGUCGCAUCUGUUCAGAGGGUUUCAUUAGCACUUUCUCCUUCACGCUUUGGUUCUCAGAAUGCUUUUCACUCAGCACCUGGCACUCCCGAGGCACAAACACUUACUCGGUGGAUCUGUAACAGCUAUAGAUUCUAUCUAGGCGUAGAACUACUAAAGUGUGAAAGCAGCGAAUCCAUACUGAAAUCCCUUUGGCAUCACUCAGAUGCAGUUCUGUGCUGCUCUUUGAAGGCAACACCAGUUUUUACGUUUGCGAAUCAAGCUGGACUUGACAUGCUUGAAACCACCUUGGUUGCACUUCAAGACAUCACUCUGGAAAAGAUCUUUGACGACAAUGGAAAGAAAACCCUGUGCUCUGAAUUUCCCCAGAUAAUGCAGCAGGGUUUCACAUGUAUUCAAGGCGGUAUUUGUUUAUCCAGCAUGGGGAGGCCAAUAACUUAUGAGAGAGCAGUAGCAUGGAAAGUUUUAAACGAAGAAGAAUCGGCUCAUUGCAUCUGUUUUAUGUUCAUCAAUUGGUCUUUUGUCUGAUAGAUUAAAAGAGUAUUACAAGAUGUAGGAAAAUAGCUCGAAAUAUUAACUUUUAAUCUUAACUUUGCUCAUUGGAGAAUCCUUAGAAUACUCUAUAACUAUUUAUGACUCCAUUUCUAUUUAGUUAUGGCUAUUUAUAUAUAUUAUAGUAUUUUGCUA